CUCAUUGAAUAUAUAGAAGACAUUACACUGCCAUUUCCGUCCCAACCCACUACAUUUAAAACAAGGCCGUUCCCUCCCCUCCUUCCUCCCUCCAUUCAGCCAGCCUCGACGAGAAAGACGAAAUAGAAAGAGAAGCCAGUAGAGAGAGAGGGAGAGAGUGAGAGAGAGCAUUUACACUUGUUCAAAGCAGUUGCGGUUGUCUGUCGGUGCAUUUUAGAAAUGCCGUCGUCGUCACCGGAACCGGCGAGUAGCCGGAAAUUCCCUUCGAUAAAGUCAUGUACGGGGGAAUCGUACGAGUCGAUCGCGGCGGAUCUGGACGGGACGCUGCUCUGCUCGAGCAGCUCGUUCCCUUACUUCAUGCUGGUGGCGGUGGAGGCCGGCAGCCUCCUCCGUGGCUUCGUACUGCUCCUCUCCCUCCCCGCCGUCAUCGUCUCCUACCUCUUCAUCUCCGAGGCCCUCGGCAUCCAGAUCCUCAUCUUCAUCUCCUUCGCCGGCCUCAAGAUCCGCGACAUCGAGCUCGCCUCCCGCGCCGUCUUGCCCAGGUUUUACGCGGCGGAUGUGAGAGGGGACAGCUACGAGGUGUUCGCGAGGUGCAAGAGGAAGGUGGUGGUGACGGCGAACCCGACGCUGAUGGUGGAGCCGUUCGUGAAGGAUUUCCUGGGCGGGGACAAGGUCCUUGGGACGGAGAUCGAGGUGAACCCCAAGACGAAGCGAGCCACCGGAUUCGUGAAGAAGCCCGGGGUUCUGGUCGGCAAGUGGAAGAAGCUCGCCGUCGUCAAGGAGUUCGGGGGAGAAGUGGUGCCGGAUCUGGGCAUCGGCGACCGGAAAACCGAUCACGAUUUCAUGUCCGUUUGCAAGGUACGCGCACGCCAUGAUUGUGAUUUUGAAAUCCGCAAAUCGGCGACCCCGGUCCAGCCGGAGCGCCUGAAAAGCCGGAUCAUCUUCCACGACGGCCGGUUCGUCCAGCGACCCGACCCGGUCAACGCCCUCCUGACCUACGCGUGGCUGCCCUUCGGCUUCCUCCUCUCCAUCUUCCGGGUCUACUUCAACCUCCCGCUCCCCGAGCGCAUCGUCCGCUACACCUACGAGCUCCUCGGGAUCCACCUCGUCAUCAAGGGCAACCCGCCACCGCCGGCAAACUCCACCUCCGGCGGCAACCUCUACGUCUGCAACCACCGCACCGCCCUCGACCCCAUCAUCAUCGCCAUUGCCCUCGGCCGGAAGGUCUCCUGUGUCACAUACAGCGUCAGUCGCCUCUCCAGGCUGCUCUCCCCAAUCCCGGCCGUGGCGCUGACCCGCGACCGCGAAGCAGACGCGGCCAUGAUCAAGGCCCUGCUGGAGAAGGGCGACCUGGUGGUCUGCCCCGAGGGAACCACCUGCAGGGAGCCUUUCCUCCUUCGGUUCAGCGCCUUGUUCGCCGAGCUCAGCGACCGGAUCGUCCCCGUGGCGAUGGACUGCAAGCAAGGCAUGUUCUACGGGACGACGGUCCGCGGGGUCAAGUUCUGGGACCCUUACUUCUUCUUCAUGAACCCGAGGCCGAGGUACGAGGUGACGUUCCUCGAGAGGGUGCCGGCGGAGAUGACGGUGAAGGCCGGCGGGAGGUCGUCGAUCGAGGUGGCGAACUACGUGCAGAGGAUGCUGGGAGACGUGCUUGGGUUCGAGUGCACUGGGCUGACGAGGAAGGAUAAGUACAUGCUGCUUGGUGGGAACGACGGGAAGGUGGAGUCCAUUCAUAAUGCCAAGAAGGCUGUAUGAUAUAUGCUUAAUUAAUUAUGGAUCCCAUGUUUUUUUUUUGUGGUAAGCAAGUGAAUGAUGCUACUACUGCUACUCCUAGUAAUUGGGAAUUAUUUACUGUUGUUAUUGUUAUAGAAUUUGUGUGUGGUGAGAUUGCUCAUGCAAUGGGCUGCAUAUUUUUUUUUUUUUUUUUUUUAAUGUGGACGAUUUGGUCGAGUGAGGAGAACGGAUCAUGUAAUAAUGAUUUUUAAGUUAUGGAUGUUGGCUAGCUAGCUGUUGUAGAAUUGUGUCUGCAUUUCGUUGAUUUUCUAUGUCCUCGUGUUCUAUUGGAUUUUGGCUAAUUCAAUCA